CACAAUUGCUGUAACAACACAACUUCAGCUUUCACGAUGGCGGCGCCCGUAAUAGAAACAUGCCAUGUAGCUUGUUGUGCAAACAGGACCCCAAAUGUUGUUUCUUGGGGUCGUGGAGGAACCAUUGCUUUUGGGACUUGCAACUCAGUGGCUCUGUAUGACCCACAGGAGAGGAAGGUUGUCGCUGUGCUGAAUGGACACACAGGCAGAGUGAAUGCAGUCCAGUGGGUUCACAAAGAGGACGGUGCUCCAGAGUGCCAUCUUGUCUCAGGGGGGUCAGACAACAGACUCUUCCUCUGGGAGGCUCGAGAUGGGAAGUUCACCCGGUCAGUGGAGUGUAAGGGCCACACUGGGCCAGUGUGUGCUGUGGAUGCAAUCUACACGGAGGACUCAAAGAUCCUGGUGGCCUCCUCAGCAUCAGACUCCACAGUUAGACUGUGGCUCUGCAGAGACACCAAAGAAGCUGAGUGCCUCCGUAACUUAUCGUUUGGCAGUGGUUUCAUGAUGGAUGUCUCUCUGGUACUGUUGCCAGGCAGCAGAGUUCCCAUCCUGGCCUGCGGGGGUGAUGACUCUCGGGUGCAUCUGUAUGUGCAGGCCGACAAACAGUUCCAGAAAGCCAUGACACUGCAAGGACAUGAAGACUGGGUUCGUGGAGUGGCGUGGGCAUCUACAGGUGGGGAGCUGUUAUUAGCCAGCUGUUCACAGGACUCUCUCAUCAGAUUGUGGAGGCUGCGUGCCAAGUCUGGCACAGACACCAACGCAGAGGACGAUCACACCGUCAUCAAAAUGAAAGAGGACAUUUUUGAAGUGAAGGAGAGAGACGCGUCUUCUGUGUUUGCUGUGUCCCUUGAAACGGUUCUGGCAGGUCAUGAGAACUGGGUGUAUGGAGUUCACUGGCAGCCUCCCUUCUACAAAGGUGGCGAGCUGCAACAGCCUCUCAGUUUGCUUUCUGCGUCUAUGGACAAAACCAUGAUCCUCUGGGCUCCCGAGGAGGGAUCUGGCGUCUGGAUAGAGCAGGUGCGCGUAGGGGAGGUUGGUGGCAACACUCUGGGCUUCUAUGGCUGCCAGAUGAGUCCUGAUGGCUCCAUGAUCGUGGCUCACGCUUUUCACGGAGCGCUCCAUCUCUGGUGCAAGGACCAAGACGAAGAGGGAGAGUGGAGACCCGGAGUGGUGAUAUCGGGUCACUUUAAUGCAGUCCAGGACCUGAGCUGGGAUCCUGAGGGUGAGUUCAUCCUCAGUGUGGGCUCAGACCAGACCUCCAGACUGUUCACUCCAUGGAGGAAGCUACACAGCGAGCAGGCAACCUGGCAUGAAAUCUCACGGCCACAGAUCCACGGAUACGACAUGCAGUGUUUGGCUAUGGUUGGAAGGUUUCAGUUUGUAUCUGGGGCUGAUGAAAAAGUCCUGAGAGUGUUUCAAGCACCUCGGAAUUUUGUGGAGAACUUUGCAAAUAUCUCUGGAAUCCCAAAACAAAAGCUUUUGACAUCCAGUGACUCUGCCAACCUUCCUGAAGGAGCCAGCACACCUGCCUUGGGUCUGUCCAACAAGGCUGUAUUUCAGGGUGACCUUGUCCCGAAAACCAACGAAGAAGAGGAACAGUUCAGCAGUGUGUCUGACCAAUACCAGGAGUCCUACUUCCACCCUUUAAACCUGACCGAGCCGCCCCCAGAAGAUCAUCUUCUCCAGAACACACUUUGGCCUGAAGUCCAGAAACUGUACGGCCACGGCUUUGAGAUGUUCUGUCUCGCAUCUGACAGCACCAGGACGGUGGUGGCAUCCGCAUGCAAGGCGUCUAAAGCCGAGCAUGCAGCAGUGUUGCUGUGGAGUACAACCACAUGGCGUCAGCUGCAGUCGCUGCCAUGCCACACCCUCACAGUUACCCAGAUGGCCUUCUCACCUGACGCACAACUGCUGCUGGCUGUUUCCAGAGAUCGCACCUGGUCUUUGUGGCGACGGAACCCGACCACGUCUGAAAAUCCAGAGCCCUUGUUCUCGCUGUACGCACGCACAGGGAAGGACACGGCCAUACACAGCCGAAUCAUCUGGUCAUGUGACUGGAGUCCUGACAGCAAAUACUUUGUGACAUCUAGUCGGGACAAGAAGGUGAUAGUAUGGGGCCCCUGCAUAUGGGAGAACUCUGGGGACUCUGUACCUCCUCCUGAGAUUAAACCAUGUUCCUCUAUCUUGGAUGUGGGUGAUUCUGCUACUGCUGUAGCUUUCUGCCCUGUACUUUGCUCUGAUAACAGCUACCUGCUCUCUGUUGGCCUGGAGUGUGGCAGGAUCCUGCUGUACCGAUGGAGUCCUGGCCAGGAGCCUGCUGGAGGACACGACUGGAGCAGCUGUGGAGAAACAAACACCUCACAAAGCCACGCUUUGGCAGUCAAGAGACUCCGCUGGAGGCCCAGGGCCGGCCGAGCAGGUCAGCAGAACGGCAAGAAGGAUGGACAGACUGACAGAGAGAGUGAAAUCGAGGAGGAGAGCUCCUGGGUCCAGCUUGCCAGCGCCAGUGUCGACCACUCUGUCAAAAUCUUCAACAUCAACAAACAGGCUCUUUAGCACCACCAACACUGACACUAUUAUGUCUCUCUCACACAGAGAGACACUUGGACUGAGGGCCACAAGCCUGACUGGGGCAUCGAGGCCACAGCUGCUCGCUGGCAAGUCAUUCAGUCCCUGUGACAGCCAGUUAAGUCAUGGGUCAGUCACAGGACAAACCCACAGUACUCAUGCCCUGCAGUCUGUCUGCACUCAGCUGAACAGAUUUGAUGGGUGGAAGCAGGAUGGUAAAAACACCAUGGCCUUAGGGUGGUAUUUUACUUAGACACUUCAGAGUGUUUUAUAUUCAGAGAAGACGACUCUGCUGUAUUCCCAAAGAAGCGAUGAUAUCCACUGCUUUGUCUUUGGAUGUUUGGAUCGUCAUGAACACCAAAGCUUCUGUGGGUUGUUGUUGCUUUGUGACCAACUGAUUAAAUGUUUUGUAUAUACACCA